CGGGUCCUUCGCGCAUUUAACGCUCCCUACAGCGCGGAAGGCGAGGUCGGAAGAAAGCGGGAAACAAAAAUGGGAAACCCUCGCGUCUUCUUCGACAUCGGUUUUGAUAAGCAGCCUGUGGGCCGCAUCAUUUUCGAGCUAAAUAGCGAUAUUGUUCCAAAAACUGCAGAGAACUUCCGUGUGCUUUGCACCAAACCAGAGGGUGAAGGGUUUAAGGGAUCAGUUUUCCACCGAAUAAUUCCUGGUUUUAUGUGCCAAGGUGGAGAUUUCACAAAAGGCAAUGGCACUGGUGGCAAAUCUAUCUAUGGCAGCAAAUUUCCAGAUGAGAACUUCACACUUAAACAUGAAGGACCAGGAACACUGUCGAUGGCAAAUGCUGGGCCCAAUACAAAUGGAUCACAAUUUUUUAUCUGUACUGCCAAGACUAGUUGGUUGGAUGGGAAGCAUGUUGUGUUCGGGCAUGUUGUAGAAGGCUAUGAAGUUGUGAAACAAAUGGAGUCAAAAGGAUCUCAGAGUGGAAAGACAAGUGUUACUGUUCACAUUCUUGACUGUGGAAUGGUGUGAUGAAAACAUUCCUAUGAUGGCUGCUCAAAAGUUCUUUUUCCAAUGGUAUAUUGUCAUGAAGAUGGCAGAAUUCAAAUUGUCGUUGAUUGUAAUCGUACAUUUCCAAGCUACCUUGAGGCUCUUGCCCAGGUUGGAGUCUAACCCAUUGAUUUGCAGUGAUCUGUGGCAGUGCUUGGCUUCAUUUAACUUUCAUGAUGUAUAAUGGAACUAUUUGUUUACUUUAGCCUUGUACUAAAACACUUUCAUUCAAAUAAAGUAUACAUUUGCUCACCAAA